AUGCAUCUCCUGGGUGCUAUGCAGUCGAUCAUGGAGUACAACGGUUCGGCCAUGGUGGCCAUGACCGGCAAGGGCUGCAUCGCCAUCGCUGCCGAUCGCCGCCUCGGAGCCCAGGCACAGACCGUGGCCACAGACUUUCAGAAGCUCUUCCAGAUGGGGCCAACCCUCUUUGUCGGCCUGCCCGGACUUGCCACCGACGUGCAGACCUUCUCACAGCGCCUCACCUUCAAGCUUAAGCUGUACAAGCUGCGUGAGGAGCGGGACAUUGAGCCCAAGGCCCUGACCAACUUAAUAUCCAGCAUGCUCUACGAGAAGCGAUUUGGGCCAUACUUUAUUGAGCCUCUCAUCGCAGGCCUGGACAAGGACGGCCAACCCUACGUCGCAUCAACUGAUGUCAUUGGCUGCCCCAUGGAGACGACCGACUUUGUGGUUGGCGGUACCAGCUCGGACCAGCUCUUUGGCAUGUGUGAAAGCCUCUACAAGCCCAACAUGGAACCGGAUGAGUUGUUCGAGGUUGUAUCGCAGGCUCUGCUGAAUGCUCAGGACCGCGAUGCCCUUGCCGGCUGGGGUGGUGUCGUUCACAUUGUGGAGAAGGACAAGGUGACGACGCGCACGCUGCGCGGUCGCAUGGACUAAACACUCAAGCUCGCGAGGGCUACACCCCCGCGUUGUUUUGGCGCCCAAGGCGCUCGUGCAUUCUUCCUGUUUCUGUGUUUUGACGUUUUGUACCUCUUGUGUGCUGCCCCUCUGCUCUCCCCACCUUGGCACACAGUGCCGGUGACACAUGUACCUUCCCGCCCGUUGGGAUGGUGGCAUUUUCUGUCGCUUUCAGUUGGGCCUUGGAUCUGAGCGCGAGAUCUGUAUUUGUUUGGCUCACCCGAAAGUUGACCGA